AUGACAACCGCAGCCGCUCACCCUCAAAUUUCAUGUUCAUUGGACAAGAACGAGUUGCAAAAUUUUGGAAUGAAGGCCGGUAAUGGCGACCCACUCCCUGACAUUGGGUUGCUGAAGCCCUCUACGAUGGAUCUUCCGAUGGGUGAGCUUCGGAAAAGGUAUAACGAGGACGGCUAUCUAUGGAUGAAAGGAAUUCUCGAUGAAGAGAAAGUGCUUGACGUGCGGGAACAGUACUUCCGGUUUAUGACUGAGAACGGCGACACUGGGAUCUUAGCAAAGGGCACUGAUCCCCGAGAUGGUAUAUUCUCAGGUGAAGAUUGGCGAAACUUUCUACUACCGGGUGCUCUCCGCGUCUUCAACGGUUUAAGUGACGAAGGCGCUUUCGUGGACAAGGCCUUCAAAGCUCACGUCGCAGACUUUUACCAACAGUUUAAGGUAAAUGUCGAAAAGCCCCUCAGAGAGUUCGUUGGUGAGCUUCGUCAAUUCCGAGAUCCUAUGCUGUUGAAGCGAACUCUACUCCGAUGCAAUGUACCCGGUGGAGAGACUACACCUGUUCACUAUGACCAGAUCUUCCUUCGAGAUGGUCCACCGACUUCCAUUACCGCCUGGAUCCCACUCGGAGACUGUCCUUUGGCUGGUGGGGGACUCAUGUACUUGGAUAAUUCAGUCCCAAUUGGAGAGAAAUUCGAGGCGGACUUCUCGGAGAAAAGCAAGAGUUUAACAGAUGAAGAGCGAGUCUCUGCAUUCAACAAGAACAUGAUGGCCGGGGGAUUCAUAGACAGAAAUGCGGCAAAGUUUGGAAAGUACUGGGGUCGCCGGUGGCUUGUGGCUCACUACGAGGCUGGCGACGUUGUUUUCCACAAUCCUUUCAAGAUCCAUGCCAGCUGUCGCAAUGAGAGCCCCGAAGGCAUAAUACGACUCUCUACAGAUUUGCGAUUCGUUGAUCAAGCUGAGCCUUUUGACGAAAGAUGGCUGUAUGAAGCUUAUCAAGACAGCGACCCAAAUGUUGCCAGCCGUCAGUCACAGGUAUCUGGCGGGAAUGGACGAAGGUAA